UUUCAUUUAGAUUUCUGAUCUUAUGCUGUGCAGUGUGCUUCCGCUGUGUGGAUUGCUCAGAAGAACGUGAUGGAUAUAUUAGAAGACUACGACAUAAUAACUCAGAAUGACUUGGAGGAAAUUAAGGAAUCCAUAUCUACUGAGGAUCUCCCAACCGCAGUUAGCAGGAUCAGAGAAUAUCUCAGAAAACAAGAUCUUGUGGAGCUAAAUGUUGGUGUGACGGGAGAGUCUGGUUCUGGAAAGUCCACGUUUGUUAAUGCAUUCAGGGGUUUAGGAGAUGAAGACGAGGGCUCUGCUGAAACUGGGGUUGUAGAAACCACCAUGGAGCCUAAAGCUUAUAAUCACCCAAAAUACAACAAUGUGAAAGUGUGGGAUCUUCCUGGCAUUGGAACACCAAACUUCAAAGCCGAUGAGUACCUUCAGCAGGUUGAGUUUGAACGCUAUGAUUUUUUCAUCAUCAUUGCUUCAGAUCGGUUCAAGGAAUGCCACACUCAUCUGGCCAAAGAGAUCAUGAGGAUGGGGAAGAAGUUUUACUUUGUUCGUUCCAAGAUUGACGCAAGCAUUACUGCUGAGAAGAGGAAGAAGAACUUUGACCUAAAAAAGACACUUGAUGUCAUUCGAGAGGACUGUGUAAAUGGUCUGAGAAAGAUUGGGAUUGAAGAUCCUGUUGUGUUUUUAAUCUCUAAUUUUGAGCUCGGCAAGUAUGAUUUAAAUCUGCUUGAGGAGAAGAUGGAGGAAGAGCUUCCACAGCAUAAGAGACGUGUGCUGUUAUUGGCUUUGCCAAAUAUCACACAAGAGAUUAAUGAGAAGAAGAAGGAAGCUCUAGGGCAAAAUAUUGGAAAAGUAGCCAUACUGUCUGCUUGUGUGGCUGCUGUUCCCAUUCCUGGUCUUUCAGUUGCUGUAGAUUUAGUAAUUGUUAAAAGGGAGAUAGAAAUUUACUACAGUACCUUUGGUCUAGAUGAUCCAUCCCUGCAGAUGCUGUGUGAAAGAUCUGGGAAAACCAUUGAGGAAUUCAAAAGUCUUAUGAAGUCGCCGCUGAGAGGUGGGAUAAACCCAGCUUCAUUGUUAUCCUUGGUCGGUGCGGUAUCUGUAGUUGGAGCUGAAAGUACAGUUGAGUAUAUUUUGAGCCUCGUACCCAUUCUUGGCACUGUGGUGGCAGGAGGAUUGUCUUAUCUGACUGUCUCAACAAUGCUUAGAAGAGCUCUGAAUGAUAUAGCAGAAGAUGCCAGAAAUGUGCUAAAUGCUUCACUGGAGACUGAAGUCUAGACACAAUGUUUAAUUUUCAUCAAAGUUGCUAUAUGUACAGUUAAAACAUCAUGCAUCAAAAUUAAUUUAUGCUUAACAGCAGAAAAAUGAGAGAUAUUUUUUGAGAAAUUGUUAUAACCUUUCUUGAAAGACAAGUUUAGAUACAAUAAGAUUACUAUGCCUCUGAAAAAGCUAAGAUGAUGGUGUCAAGGUUUUGGAAGUUUCUUAUUAGCUAAUUGACAACAUUUGAGUUAUUUGGAGGCACAACUGUAGAAUAGUAUU